AUGACGAGCGCCGCCGGUGGAGGAACAGGCUCCAGCCUCGCACGCGCGAUUAUCAUCGUCACUGGCGUUUCCGCCUUGGUUUCCUCGCUCUUAUCAUUUGUGUCUAUAUGGUUUCAAACCAAAAAUUACCGGAAACCUCUCCUCCAACGCUAUGUGGUGCGGAUAUUGUUGAUGGUCCCAAUUUACGCAGUAUCAUCUUGGACAAGCAUCGUGUCGCUAAAGGCGGCUCAGUUUCUAGCUCCAGUUCGCGAUAUCUAUGAAGCUUUCACCAUCUACACGUUCUUCCAGCUCCUCAUCAAUUUCCUCGGCGGCGAGCGGGCCGUGAUUAUCAUGGCCCAUGGCCGUCCUCCCAUCUCUCAUGCUUGGCCUCUCAAUCACUUCCUCCCAAAGAUUGACGUUUCCGAUCCCCACACAUUCCUCGCUGUCAAACGUGGUAUUCUGCAGUACGCUUGGCUGAAGCCCAUUUUGGCCCUGGUCUCCAUUGUGAUGAAGGCGACCGACACAUACCAAGAAGGCUAUAUUGGGAUAAGCUCUGGAUACCUUUGGACCGGUAUAAUAUACAAUGUCAGCGUCACAAUCAGUCUCUACUCCCUCGCCAUGUUCUGGGUGUGUCUGCACGACGAUCUUAUGCCAUUCCGUCCAGUUCCCAAAUUUCUCUGCAUCAAGCUUAUCAUCUUUGCCUCGUACUGGCAAGGAUUCUUCCUGUCAAUUCUUCAAUGGCUGGGAGCACUUGGCAGCGUCGCUGGGUACACACCCAACAACCUCGCGGCAGCGAUUCAGGACAGUCUCAUCUGUUUUGAAAUGCCAAUCUUUGCUAUGGCUCACUGGUAUGCAUUUUCCUGGCAUGACUAUGCAGACCCAACCAUCUCAGCUGCACGCUUGCCCGUGAAAUACGCGCUGCGCGACGCAUUUGGUGUCCGGGAUUUGGUUGAAGACACCAAACUCACUCUUCGCGGAGAGAAUUAUGAAUACCGACUCUUCGAUUCGGGUGACAAUAUCAUCCCACAUUUGGAGUCAGGGUCGCGAGUGAAGCGAGUAAUGGAUGGCAUGAGAUAUGAACGGGGAGGCAAAGCAAAAUACUGGAUCCCCAAGCCAGGUGAAGCUAACAGCCGUACGCCUCUACUAAGCGGCGAGUUUAGUGAACGUGGCACAAGGAAUGAACGGGUCAGCCAAACCUCAAGAGAAAGAUUCCGAUCUUACAGUGACGUUGAUGAAACUGCAAUGGACGACGAAGACGAACGGCUCUUUCUGAAUGCUCGCGCGCUAGAAUUCGGAGACUGGAACUAUCCGGUAGUUACGGCCAACGAGGUGCCAAGCGACCAACGACUACCGCCGUCGCGGAGAUAUCAAGAUUCAAACCGAGGAGCACGUAUCAAAAAGGCCCGCAGGCACAAGAAAAGUCGCGCGUCAGAUGGCGAAAGUAGGCGGAGCCCCAAACCAAGCUCUGACAAACCUGGCCCCAGCUCGGUGACACCUGGUCCCUUGCAGCGAACCGUCAGCUCCACUAGCUCCAGCGGCACGCGGCGCAGCCAGCUAGUUGAUCUUGUGGUGGAGAAUACAGAGGCCGAGGAAGAAGAUCGAGCUCGGGCACAGAGAGAGUAUGGCUCUGCAUGGGCGGAGCCUGAAACUCGGCGAUUCUCAAGACCUUCCGGACAGCCAAUUGAAGAGGAGGCUGAAGCUGAUCCUGCGACACCGCCAGAAUCUAACAAAGAUGAUCGGUCCAAGUGGGCCUAUGACGGUUUGGAGCAGGAUAAUGUAUGGGGCACAUAG